AUGUCACAAGAAUCACCUUCGGAGAAAAGAGUUUCCAAAUGUUCAGGCUGCGGAACCCCUCUUACUGACCACGCAUGGGGAAUUCCGAGCAAGUACUGCGAAGGCGAGGAGCUCAGUUCUCCGAAACACAAAAAAUCCGCCACAAUCGCUAGUCCGGACGAAGACGAGCAGAUCAGAGAUCUGGAGAGGGAGCUGGCAGAAUUAGACCUUGAAGAAGAACGAAGAGAGAAACAGACUCGAAUAGCUUUUCUCCAGAAACGGGUGGCCGACAAACGCGCAAAAUUGGCUGCCGGCGACGUGACGACCGGCCGGCCGGAACACGAGUUGCCUCAUGGCCCAUCCAACGUGAAAGAACUCCGUACACUCCUUCCCAAGGACGCCUUACCAACGCCAUUGGAUGGUCUCCUCAAUAUAAAUCCCAGCUCGAGCAGUGCUGCAGACCAAACCCAAUCUUUAUGGAGCAUGCAAGGCCAGCUGCAAGGUGAUUUCCAUACUGUUCCUGCAGGCUCCCAACCGGCCCCGAUUCUUUCAAAUUCCUGGCUGGAAUCACGAGCGUCGGAGAUGUUUCUGAGGCCAGCGCAACCCCAAACCGGUGAGAAAGCCUUAAGGAUUGUAGACUUUGUUGACAAUAUUGUCCCUAAAGAUGAGGAGCGAACAAUAGCAGAUGGUGGAAACACCAAACUAGUUGUAUCCUAUGGGCCUAAAAAGCCCCGUUUAGAACAAAUCACCAUGUCCCAGUGGGUGAUUAGCAAUACCAGAAUUUUUUAUAACUUGUUAGCAAGUAGGAAACUAAACUCGCGAGCCGAGAUCCAGAAUUAUUUAGCAUAUACUAUUAAGGUGAUGGAACUCUCCAACCGGUACCAUCGGGCCUCGGUCCUUAAGUAUGACGAUGAAUUUCGCCUCUUACAGGCAGCAUAUCAUUAUCCGUGGAGUUUUGAUUCGAAUCACCUCCACACAGUUAUUUUAGAGCCCAUUUAUAAACCCUCCCAUGUUCCUAGGUCACCUAACCGCACCGCUAACCCCAGCACUCAGUUCAUCCCGGGAUUCAUAGCCACCACUAACGAUGGGUGCACUAUCUGUCGUAACUUUAAUAGUUCAAGGGGUUGUAGUUUGCAAAAUUGUGCGUACGAACAUGUGUGCAAUCGCCGCGCUUCGGGCGGUAAAGCUUGCGGCCUCAACCAUCCGGGCUACAUCCACUCUACUCAGCAAAGUACUUCGACGCAACAGCAAAAUAAACCGGCUCCGCAAAAUUGA